AUGCCUGUAGGCAAACGACAUGACCUCUCUGCGGACUUGUUACUGGCGGUGCAAGACAUCGCAAUGCAAUAUGGACCAGUCACUUCGGUUCAGGCGUACCUGUCCGCACACACUGCACCAGAGCAGACCAGGAUGUUGCUGCUUGAAUCUGGAGUUACUGUGCGGGACUGCGCCCAUGGGAAAGGGCAGAAGGAUUUUGCAGAUAAGCAGAUACUAACGGAUAUCCUUCUAUACGCCCUGGAUGGUUCGAGGAACAACUACGGGUCGAUCACAUUUGUGCUUGUCACUGGUGAUCGAGAUUUCUCGUACACGCUCUCGAAGCUGUGCCUUCGAAAGUACGGCAUUGUACUCGUUUCCUCCAAGCCUGAAGUCCUCAACCUUCACUCAAUACCAAUAUAUUCGUGGGUGGACGUUGUUGCGAAGGCAGAGACAUCAUCGCGCUGGCGGAAAGCUCAGGUGGCGAUUCAACCUAUCGCAGAGCACAGCUCUGCCAAACCCCAGUGGAAUGCCCAGGUCCUGCCACGGUCAACUAUACAACAGCCAUGGCGAUCUCUGGUCGCCCCCGACCCAAAUGAAGAGGCUUCCUACGAGGAAGACCCGGAGGACUGCGGGGAUCUUUCUUACGAGGAACAACGGUGGAGAUCGUACAGAAAACCUCUCGGAAACGGCGUCCAAUGGCCUGCGGGGCGCCGGGGACCAAUCCCCCAACGCGUCAAGCCUCGAGCCUACUUCUGGGCUGCGGAAGUCCUACCAGGAUAG